ACACAACAACCCUCAGCAAAACUGCCUCUUCCCUGUGUGGAUUCGGUGGAGCUGGUGUACCUGUCCUCCUCGUCCCAGAGAAGACUAGUCACCUAGGCAACCGGUGAACCACUAAAAGGGGCGGGCUGCGGCUUCUGUACUCGCACACGUGGGCACUAUGACCCAGGAGGGCCAGAGUGACCCACCAGCGCUGGACACCCCCCCAGAGCCCGAGCUGAGUGUGGCCCAGGAAAGAGACCCUGAGCUGGGCUGCGAGGACCAAGGAGCCGGGGAGGAGGAAGAGGCUGGAGCACCAAGCGCUGAGUCACCCACCACACAAGCGGAUGAAGGGGAUGAUGGGACAGUGGAAGACUGCAGAGAGGCGGAGGACCACGGAGGACAGGAAGCGAGGGAUGAGGUGAUGAAUGGAGGACAGACAGAACAAGAGGAGGGAAAAGAGAGGGACGUGGAAGAGGAGGAGGAGGAGGAGAAGGACGAGGAAGGGACGUGUGUCGUCUCAGAGAGAGAGGCUGAUGAUGAGGACAGACACGAACAGGACACACACUCUGAGAACCCCAACGUCACAGAGAGUGCCAUGAACGGGAUGUCGGAGGAGGAAGGGAGCAACCAAGCAGGGGAAGGAGAGGAAGAAAAGGAGGAAGAGGAGGCCAUCGCUGGAGAGAAGGAGGAGGAGGAGGAGGGAAACAACGGGAACGGAGGAGAGGAGCCAGAAAACAAGAGUGACACCUUCAGUGCGACUUUGGAGUGUUCUGUGGAGGGCACAAACACCGAGAUGGAAAAAGAGAAAGAGGAGGAGGAAGUGACAGAGGAAAGAGGAGGGGAAGAGGAAACGACGCAGCCAAACCAGGACACGUUCAGCUCAGCAUUUGAGCUCAUUGUGGAACAGGUAUCUGCAGCUGCAGAGGAGGAGGAGGAGGAGGAGGAAGAGGAGGAGGGGGAUGAGGAGGCCGAGUGCGAAGGGGUGGACGACUGCUCGCGCGACGCCCAGGACGGCUUCAGCUCCACCUUCGAGCGCAUCGUGGAGUCGGAGCUGCUGAGGGGCGGGACCUGCUACAGCUCGCUGGACUCGCUGGACGUGCUGUCGCUCACCGACGAGACGGACAGCUGCGUGAGCUUCGACGCGCCGCUCACGCCCCUCAUCCAGCAGAGGGCGCUGGUCGGCCCCGAGCCGCCGGAGCUGGAGCUGGAACCCGUGCAGGAAGGGGAGGAUGGAGAGGAGGACGAGGAGGAGAGGAGGAUGAUGGCGCUGCAGGCCAAUGGAGGACAGGGAGGGGGAGGGGGAGGGGGAGGAAGCCCACUACGGAUGACCAUUCCAGGGAGUCGGUCGGAGAACGUGCUGAGCCAGCGCAGCACCAUUCCCAACGGAUUCCAUGCAGACGCGCACGCCAACGGGGACGGCACAGGGAUCCCCAGCUCCAUGAGCGAUGCCAGCUUGGCAGACGUGCUCUCGGACUCGGACUCGGAGCUGGGUAGCCUGGAGCAGCUGGCCCGAGGGAACAGCACGGACACCCUCGCCAACGGCUGCCGUGCCGACUCGGACCCAGCCAAGCGCCUGGCCAAGCGCCUCUACUACCUGGAGGGCUUCAAGCGCUGUGACGUGGCACGACACCUGGGCAAGAACAAUGACUUCAGCCAGAUGGUGGCCGCGGAGUAUCUCACCUUCUUCGAUUUCUCUGGUCUGUCACUCGACCGAGCCCUCAGGAACUUCCUCAAGGCCUUUCCCCUGAUGGGGGAGACACAGGAGAGGGAGAGGGUACUGGUGCACUUCUCCAAAAGGUUCUGCAGCUGUAAUCCUGACACACCCACAUCAGAAGAUGGUGCCCAUACACUUACCUGUGCUCUCAUGCUACUGAACACAGAUUUGCAUGGACAUAAUAUUGGGAAGAAGAUGUCCUGCCAACAAUUCAUUAGUAACCUCGAUGGACUGAACGAUGGCAAAGAUUUCCCCAAGGAAAUGCUGAAGGUGCUGUACAACUCUAUAAAGAACGAAAAGUUGGAGUGGGCUGUUGAAGAAGAGGAGUUGAGGAAGAGUCUGUCUGAGCUGGUGGAGGAUCACUGCGAGGGGGGCAAGAGGGUUGUCCGGGUAACAGACGGUAACAAUCCAUUCAUUGCCAUUCCACUGCUGGUCAACGCUGUCACCUACAAGCAUGGAGUCCUGACACGCAAGAGUCACGCUGACAUGGAUGGCAAACGCACCCCUAGAGGUCGUCGCGGUUGGAAGAAAUUCUAUGCUGUGCUGAAGGGGAUGAUCCUGUACCUGCAAAAGGAUGAGUAUAAGCCUGAUAAGGACCUAUCGGAGGUGGACCUGAAGAAUGCGGUGCGUGUGCACCAUGGUCUGGCCACCCAGGCCACCGACUACAGCAAGAGACCCAACGUCCUCAAGCUGAAGACCUCCGACUGGAGGGUCUACCUCUUCCAGGCUCCGAGUGAAGAGGAGAUGCUGUCGUGGAUCUUCAGGAUAAACAUGGUGGCCGCGCUCUUCUCUGCUCCCGCCUUCCCUGCAGCCAUCGGCUCCAUGAAGAAGUUUGGCCGACCAAUACUGCCAUCAUCUGGCACCAGACUAAACCAGGAGGACCAGCUGCGCUCGCAUGAGAAUAAGGUGAAGCAGAUCUCCCUGGAGCUUGAGGAGCAUCGAAGGAGCAGCUCCGAGCUCUCCCCCAAGAGCAAAGACUACGAGGAGCACCGGCUCAAAGAACACUACCUUGCCUAUGAGAGGGGCCGCUAUGAGACCUACUCCUCCCUACUGGGGGCCAAGCUGCGGCUGGAGACGGAUGAUCUGGACCGGCUGGAGGCCUGCGUGCUGAGCGGAGAGGCUGCCGCGCGAGACGGAAUCCUGCGCAAGACCCAGUCCAGCCCCCACAUCAGCCCCGGACACCACAGCCACAGUCACAGCCACGGCCUCAAUGGCAGGAGCACGCCACGGACACCUCCGCCCACCUAAACACACACACACAGACAGACACACACACACACACACACACACACACACACACACACACACACACACACACACACACACACACACACACACACACACACACACACACACACACACACACACACACUCAUGUACAAAAACAGAUUCCAAUGCAUUUCCUCACACAUAGCACAAACUGCAUCCAGGUCAUAAACCACCUACAUAUAAGUUAACAGUGCCAUGCAAAUGUGAUAAUAAACUUUUCCCAUUACAAACAUAGCAUUCACAGACACACACACACACACACACCCUCACACACACACUUGGGAUGCAUUCUAUCGGCACAGGUACAUUGCUUGCCCGUACCCAAAGUAUCAGUACCUGUGUGGUGGACAGGUGGAGGAAGAUGAGAGUAGAAGAAGAGAAAAUUGAACUCUAACGAGCAAAAAAACAAAACAAAAAAAUCCCAAAACUUAACAAAUGUAGCAUAAUUAUCAAAUUGUGUUAGCAGUCCAGUUGCAGCAUUGCUAUGAACUUCUAUGCACUGAUGUGCCAAACUCCAGAGGACGAUGAAGAGAACAGGUCCCGGAGGACCGUUACCAGGGCAACAAGGAGGGAGGUCCAUGAUGUCAUCACCAUGGUGACGGCAUUUCCUAAAGAUGUCAGACAUCUGGCAUUGCAGAUGAAGGGAUUGCCGUCACCGUGUAGUUGGGCAAAAGCAGAACUGAUGCAGGGACUAUUUGGUAACCUGACUCUCAGCAGAUGACUGUAGCUCGGAGUAGCUCAGUGGGACGCCAUGUGGAGCUUGGUGGAACUACAUUCAUCUGGUGGAAAUCUGGUUAUGGAACUUGUUGUGGGCAUCAUUUUUCACAGGUGUUAAGCCCCAGAUGAUGGGUAUUCACACACAAGCACGCACACACGCACACACACACUUCUGUGCAUACCCACAUACAGUAUAUUCUAUAUCAUAUGUACACACACACACACACACACACACACACACACACACACACACACACACACACACACACACGUUGUAGUAAUUCCUGUGGACUUUUGCUAUUCAAGAGGUAGCCUGAACUCUGGACUGAACAUACAGAUUUAUUUAUUCUUUUUAUUUAUUGUUUGUCAGUCUGUCUGUUUGUUUGUUUGUUUCUUGUAGAGCCUGCCACUUUAUGGGUAGCAAUGUUUUUCAGUGCCACCUUGUUCCUGUGGUAGGCAAGAGUGGUGCAUGCUGGGAUAGUAUUAUCCUGCAGGAGCUGAGUCGACGCUGAAACUGGUCGUGUUCGAAAUGUAUGUUAACUAUGUAGUGCACUACAGGAAUUACACAUUUCUGUUCCCUACAUAGGGUACUAGUGUAAACGACCUCUGACACUUCAUCUUCAGAAAACAAAAGUCCUGUUGUUAAUUUCCAGCACGCCUUCACCAAGUUAGUCAGAUCAUUCUAACUAGCACAACUCCUCAACCACGUAGACGAGCUAAUAAGAGAAAUCAUCUGUUGGGACUUCUUUAUUGCUCAAGCUAAGGUGUCCCCCUCAGAAGAUCAACGUCCGAUGGGGUGAAACUCUUACCGUGUUUAGAAAGUGUUGUGAUGCAUCCUUUGUUUUAUGCACGUUGAACGUAAAGGAGAAGGACCGAGGAGGUUUUUUGGAGAUGCAAAGUAUUUUAUGUAAGUGUGGAAAAAGUGAGAGGCUGCACUGUAAAUUCUGCAGUGCUCAUUUAACACUUAGAGAGUUGAUUUGACAUAAUUUGGACUUAAAUGAACUCUCUAAGUGUUGAAUUAAUACCACAACAUUUACUGUGUGUGUCUGAUCAUGUAUGCCCCAUAUCGAUGUGACUCUGACAGGUCAAAUAUGUGCAUUGCGGAGAGUGAGGCUGUCAGAGAACGGAUGCACGGGUUGUAAGAUAGGAGGUUCCUGUAAUGUUGAUUGAAAAAAGAGUGGUUUAUGGUUUAUGAACGCCUGUGUGUGUGUGUGUGUGUGUGUGUGUGUGUGUGUGUGUGUGUGUGUGUGUGUGUGUGUGUGUGUGUGUGUGUGUGUGUGUGUGUGUGUGUGUGUGUGUGUGUGUGUGUGUGUGUGUCUGUUGAUCAUAGGAGUUUCAUUCUCUCAUGGCUGACCAUUGUACCACUGUCUACUACUAUGAAAUGCAUCAACAGUACCUACUGUUUGUUGACUGAAAUGGUCUAUCCUCUGGUAAUCUGUGGAAAAAAAGAUCACAUAUCCUAUAAAACGGAAUGCUAAAAUGGACUGUGACUUUUGUAGUAUGGCUGUAGUAAUGGUAUACAAUUCCCCACCACCACCCUACCCUCAUAGAAUACUGACCUACAGUCUAGUGAAGAUCCGUUAUUUCAUGGUAACAUUGUAAUAUGUUAUUUGAACAGAAGAAGAGGUGAAAAUAUUUAACAUUUGCAGCGGGACUGCCCCCAUGCUCACUCUUACCUUCAUCAUUUCAUAGUCCAGAGGAAUGUAGCCGCCAGGACAGACGUUGAGACCAAUCAUCUCGCACCUUGUGCAGAGGGGACACCAGGGGAUCAGUUGAGUCUGGGCUCCACGGCGCUGGGCGUCAAAUGGUACUGCUGUUCUGGAGUCUUCCACUGCGACACUGGACGCCCUUCCCUGCCCGCCCGUGCCACUAACCCUCGUAGGACACGCACUGCUUGGCUUGAUUAGGCCAAAUAGCACUAAGCGCACUAUGCGCGCGAAGCGAGCUUUUUUUGUUCUUCCAGUUCGGGAAAGAUCUGGGGUGAAAGUAGAAGUGCUUUUUUAUACACCAUUAUUAGUAACGGCUUUGUUAUUCUCUUCUUAUUAAGCAUCCCUUCCCGGCUGUUGUGCUAAUUUGACUUCCCCCGAAAUUUAGUGUAGCAAGCAAACGCUGUUGUUCUAGAGACUGUGAUGGUCCGUCUUUGUUUAAUCUCGCUUUGACAAGGGGAAGUUUUGGCUGAAGUAAUCCAACCUCUGACCGCGUUCUCUUUGUUUUUGGGCAGUCUGUUGUUACGCUUCCUCGGGGGUGAAGUUUUUAUUUGAUCGGUCAUGGCUAUUUGUUACAUGUUAGGACACAAUAGCGCCUUUGCCGCUGACAAGUAAAAGUGCCACAUAAAAGUCAUUUUUUUUAACAAACGUGUCUGGUCUCUAUUAUAUUGGUCAAUCAAUGUCUUACCUACAUUACCACUAUUUCAAGUUGUCCAAUAGGAACAGCCGCUAUAAACAUCAGAUCAGGCUAUAUAUAUAGGAAAACAAUGUCGUGAACAUGGAACAUUUGGUUUAUCACUACUUUCUAUCACAUGUUAUUGUGUACUUUUUAAUUAAAAGUGUAUUA